UGGCGACUACCAUGAAAGUGAAAAAAUGCAUAGUAAACAAUCGAAUUUAAACUCAAAUUCUUGAUAAACUAUGGCAGAUAGCGGCGAGAAAAAGGUUGAUUUUGGAGGGGCAAUUCAAAAAGAAAAGAAAAAGCCAAGCGAUUCAGUGAUCAAGGAUGUAGAGGCAGCGAGGUUGAUCAACCAUGUGUUCCAGCCAAGCCUGGCAACUAGUGAUCCCCUGGGUUUCCACAAUCUGUGUGAGCAUAUUGAUAAGUGCCUAGAUGAAGCAGCAAAUGGUGUCAAAGAUGUGGUCAGUAACUCUGCACAGACUGGAAGGAUUGGACCCGACGUAGCCGUCCUGGAUAUUGGUGCCAAUGUCGGCACUCUAUUCAUAGAGGCAGAUAAACUCGGGGUGACAAGCCAUAGUAACUUCAGCACAAUUCGUGCAAAUACUUGUGUCUGUCAAGGAAAAUGGAUCUACGAGGUGAUGCUUGGAUCGAAGGGUGUUAUGCAGCUUGGGUGGUCGACGUUAGACUGCAAGUUCUCACAAGAGGAGGGCGUUGGUGACACGUCAGAUUCCUAUGCAUAUGACGGCAAUCGGCUACGCAAGUGGAACGUCAAAACACAAAAAUAUGGAGAGGCCUGGUUAACAGGGGAUGUGAUAAGUUGUGGUAUAGACUGUGAUAAAGGAACAAUAUCGUUUUAUAGGAAUGGGCGAGGCCUUGGAAAAGCUUUCACAAGUAUACGAAGUGGAAAGGGCCUAGCGUACUUCCCGGCCGUUAGUCUCUCCAUGGGUGAAAACCUCAGGGUGAACUUUGGUGCUACGCCUCUACGCUAUCCGAUAGAGGGCUACCGUCCACUGCAAGAGCCGCCGCACGUCGAUUUGGCAAAAGCUCAGGUUCUCUUCGGAUACCUCGAUAGACUUCUCAUACCCACCUUAAUGGUGAAGGAAAAGUCUUUAUCAACCCGACCGCCUUUAAUAUCCGAACCAAGAAGUCCGAAGUCAAGCUGCCUGCUGGUCGCUGCUCACAUUCUGGAAAAAUUAGCUCCGCUGUUGAGGAAAGCUUACAUUGUUGAGGAUUGCCUGUUGAAAUUCAUGCUGAAAUUCUGUGAUGCAAGAAGCCAUUCGUUCGAGCAGCCAUACAUCGAGAAGACCCUGGACCUCAUUUGGUCAUUUUUACAGGAUUUUGAAUAUCGCACAUGUCUUGAACACCUUGUGGUUACUCUGCUGGCUGCCUAUAGAUUCUCCCCUGUCCUACCUGAUUUCAAGUUUCAGAAAAUGUACCUAAUUCUGACCCUGGCAGUAUUACGACACGACCGAACCCGACGGUUCUUACUCAAACAUGUAUUAUUUGAUAAAAUCAAGUUCCCUAUAUUUCUGCACGUGAAGCCCCCAGAUGACACAGGACUGGCUGAGGUUAUCCCCACAGUGUGGUGGGGCUUCCCGAAGAAGGACGAUGAUGAAGACACUGUACCAGAGGAUGAAGAGGAGAGGAAGCGGAGAGAGAUUUAUCUCGGGGCGUGUCAAGACCUGAGGGAAAAAGUUGCCGUCCUGGAGAAAAUCCAAGUUGAGAUCCUAAAAGUAUUACUACAAAUGGAGGACAACACAAAAGGUCCCUCAUCCAGGGUGAUUUUCCUGGGGAAACUACGGGAGUUCCUCAAAGAAAACUUUGAUUCCGGCCGAGUCAUGAUGGGGUAUAACCAAGCGCCACUACCCGUGACACUGUGUUUCUUCCAUCGCCUCCUUCAAGCGCUCAGAUUUUACUGGGAUGAAUACCAUGCAAGGAACCCCAGUGAUGAUAUACCUGAUGGUGCUGAUGCCUUCGUUCCCUGCCAUAGAUUUUUUGACAACACAUUGGUCUAUUUUGAGGGUCAGAGACUUGGAGGACUGAUGACCCACCUGCAGAAAACAUUCAAAGAAGAAACCCACAAGGCCUUAGAAGAAGCUGGUAUAGAGAAGGCCAAGGACGCGACCGAGACAAUGUACGACCGCCUCACCGGUUUACGGUCGUUGAAAUUAUUGGUGAAGUGGAAAUACCAGGACAAGGAGAAGGACAAAACGGCAGAGAAUGCCGAGCGUCUAGUCACCGAGAAAGCAUCACUGUCGGAAAUCUUGGACGGCCUUAUUAUGAUGUACCAUAUUGCAGCUCACAAACAGUUAGGAAAGAUGUGCACACUACGAGAGACUGUCCAGGAGUAUGUGAAUGCCUUACAGGAAACCAAGGAGAAAUUAGAAAAGUGUUCAGAUGAGAUGACAGACGUCCGGGAAGAACUUGAACGUGCCAAGACGGUGUUUGAGGAAAAAGCAUCAGAGCAGUCUCGCCACAUGGCUUGGAUCAUCGCCGUUAUCUAUUCUCAGGAGAAGCAAGCAGACGUUUACUGGCUUCACAAGGUCGUUUUACGGACUAUAGAGGUCACCGAUGCCAAGGGGUCACUCCUGGCGUUCAUUCCUGAUUUCUACGUCGACGUGUGUGUCAAUACCUGUAUAGCGUUGCGAACAUUCUUUCAUCCCACAGUGCCUGUUAUGUCGCUUCCAGCCUACACUGAAAGCCUGAAAAAGUUUGCCAUAUUCCUUGCCAAGUAUUUCUCCGAUUCUCGGAUAGUCAACACAGAUUCUAAGGACACGAUCAUUCAGACGUUAGCCACCUUUGUUUGUUUUCACUCAUCACUUCGAGCCAUGGAAUCGAUACCAGUUGAAAAUUGUAUGAACCUUGUACGAAACCUCCUUGCACCGUAUGAAAACAGAUCGUGGGCUCAGACGAACUGGAUACUGGUCCGGUUCUGGAAGGGUUGUGGCUUUGCCUUUCGGUAUACGCAGCCUCCACAUCUGACAAGCAAGUCGCAAGUUAUGGAAUUGUUAAACAGGGUGUGUCCAUCAGUAUUUUACCAGAGCAGAGUGAAGGAGUACCUCAAAUCAGACUGGGUUAAGUCGGUCAAGUUCCUGGACAGUUUGCUGAACCAGCUCAACUGGGCAUUUUCAGAGUUUGUUGGCAUGCUACAGGAGCUCCAACAGUUCAUCUUCCGGAGGGAGCGCGUCUUCAUCGACAACCGCCAACUAAAAAUCUGUUCAACGUGUUUUGAUAUCUCCGUACGUCUGCUACGAGUUCUUGAGAUGAUCGUGACGCUAGUGCCGGAUUUCUUCACCGAUUGGUCGAAAUCGUCCGCAGAAUCGCUCAUCGCGAGGCUGUUCCAGCUGCUCUGUCAGGUGUUGAAUCGCGUCGUGUCGCAGAGCGGCGUGUUCGAUAAUGUUGUCGCAGCGGAGAUGCCAGGAAUGGAGAGCGUGGAUCACUUCCCCAUCCUGACGUCAGUCGUCGGGAUAAUGGCACAGUUAAUCAUGAAGGGAAACCCUAAAAGCCGUGAAUGUGCUACUGCCGCGCUCCUCGCCGACCCAGGAUUCCAAAUCUCUGCCCUCGAAUUCUUAUUCGGCGGAAAAUCAGAAGGUGCUACUCAGUUAGAUAAGAAACAGUUCAAUCUUAGGAAAUACCCAAAGGAUGUGUCAGCAACGGAAGUUCAGUUGGUUGAAGAAAUGAUCGAAUACUUGUCCAAACAGCAAUCAGUAGAAAAAAAGGUCACAGAGUCGCUUGAUGAAGAUGAGUUGUGCACGAUAUGUUACGCUUAUGCCAGAUCGUGUACCUUCAAGCCAUGUGGCCACCAGUCCUGCAGUAAAUGCAUCUCCCGUCAUCUGCUCACCAAGAAGGAUUGCUUCUUCUGCAAGGCAACUGUAGACACUGUGGAAGGAAUCAACGGAAAACCAGCAAAGUUUUGAGAAUCAAAUUUUUAUACUCUCAUUUCACUGCUAUAAGGUCUGUCGUAAAUAUUCAUCUCUCCCACCGUUGUCUUUCUACAUUAAACAUAGCUGUCCGAAGAAUGCCAGGCUUGGCAUUGAUGACAAAUGCACCAAACAAUAUCAAAAGUAUGCCAAUAAUGCAAUGUAUUUUUUCACCGAAGUGCUCAGUUGGACAGUGACCUUAUAUAAUUGAAAGGAGACGAUUUUCUUUUCUGUUGGCAAACACUAGGAAUUUGGCUGAUGAAUUUAAUUUUGUAUCAAAAUGUUCCAAUAUGCUUUUGUUAUGUCACUUGAAAGCACCUGUUCCGUUAAGGAACCUUUUCUCCCCAAGUCGCUUCUGGGAUCUACUACAUGUAGGGGAGCCCUGCUAGAGGCAAGUAGUCUCACCCUAACCAUGCUAUUGCUAAGUCCCUGCUAUGUAUUUUUGUCAUGCUAGCUUUUCAAGCUUCAGUUCAGUCACCUAGGCCUAUGUUAGGAGUGUGUCAGAAUCAAGUUAUCUAAUGUAGUAGGUCAUUCAAUAUAAGUACUAAGUAUACUUUACAAUAGUAUACUUUAGAAUCUAUACUUUGUACUGAUAUUGAAGGGUGAUGUUGGAAUUGAAUUUAAGUGCGUGUAACCCCAUUCAAUUCACAAUAAGCCAGUUACUGCUUUGAGACCAGAGAGAUUGUGCAUCAUUUACAACUCUUAACUUUAAUCAUGGGAUGUCCUUCUUAAUUCAAAUUUUUCGUUGUCCAUAUCUUUUUGCCAAAUCAUGUUUUAUCAUUCAAUAGGGUUGCAAAGAAAUGGUGCUUCAGAUUGAAUUGGCUGUAACAUUGCAAAAUAGUUUAUAAGUUAAGUCCAUCAUGGUUUUAUAGUUUGCUUGAAAUGUUAUUUCUUGAAGAAGGGGACUACUGGCCGGAGCCAGGCAGCAGAUUUAGUAAACAAAGUCGCAGAUAGGUGUCUCAACUGUCGUACUGUACUUCAGCACUGUAUACUAAAUAGCCACAAGCCAGGUUGGUCAGAUUUAGUAACAGUGUGUUGCCGAUAGGGGUCUCCUAUCUCACAGUAUAUCAAAACUAUUCACAUCUGCACUGGGACUUGAACACGAUCCAGGCCCCCAAUUGCGCAUGCAAGUCACCUGAAAACUGUUAAUUUCCUCCUCCUGCCUAUGGUCCUCCUUUGAGUGAGGAGAUGGGAUGCACAAGCCUUAGUUUUUACACGCUUUUAUUCAUUGCAUGUUUUUUGAAUGAAAUGUGUUUCGACAGGACUUUUUUCACGACCCACGGCAGACGUGGUUGACUGGUUUGUAUUAAAAUAAAGUUCAGAUGGUCAACACGUUGAUGUAAAUGUUCUUGUAUAUUACCAAUGCACAUCUUUGUGAUAAAUAAAUAAUGUAUCUA